AUGUGGGCCAACAAGGGCUCGAAAUCAUUGUUUCAGAACUUUAUUACGGACAACAUAUCUCCAUGGGUGGCGCGUUUGUCCCUUGCCUGCCAGUAUUUGGGCGUUGAUGUGGUGGAGGGCGAUGCAUUUCUCGGCCGUGGCGCUCAUGGACGCGUAUUUAGAGUCAUUAGGCGGGAUGGCGAAGUUUUCGCGCUAAAAAUCGUGGAGAAAUGUUCGGUGGGACGUCUUUAUCAAGAGGAAAGGGCCUUGACAAUUGCCCAGCAGACAGGCUUGACGGCUAGUCCUGUGGGAAAGAUCAUCGAAACUCCUGAAAGCGCGGCGUUAUUGCUUUCUCCUGUGGGGAAACCUCUGCCUCGACCGACGACACGACACGAAGUACUAAGCCUCUUUGAAAUGCUGAGGCAACUCCACAAGAAUGGUCUGGUCCAUGGAGAUCCUCGCGUGCCGAAUGUGAUCCUCGAUGGGGAAAAGCCUCUCUGGAUUGAUCUUAUGGAAGUGAUGGAAGCGAGCCCCACUUUGAAACAAAUUGAUGCUGAAAUUCUCACACGGUCCAUCCUCAGUGUCUCUCCGACCAUUUUGCUGGACCCGGCGCUGAAGGAGUUAAUUGACUACUUUGGCAAGAGCGAUACGUCAGAAAGUCUUAAUAAUCUGGCCGAAGUAGUCUGUGAUAGCUUGACAUUUUUAAAUUAG